AUGCCUGGAAGCUUAGAAGACCGAUAUGUCAGAGUUGAAGUCAUCAAUGGAAAAAAUCUCAAUAUCCCCUCCGGGCGCAUUCCCGCAGGCAUUUACAUAUCCGUUGAUGUCGACUCGAGGAGACCUUGGAAAUCAGCCACCAGAGUCUUAUUAUCCGACGAAUCUGUGACGUGGGACGAUACUUUGAUCCUAUCGUCACAUGUGUCACCUGCAUUUUCAGUGGAGAUCAGGGCGUCCUAUGAGGUUGACCGAAUGCUGGGCAGCGGAGAAGUCGUAGGAAAACUUCAAACGUCAUGGGAUGAGCUACUCGAUCAUGGUGAUGAGCCUUUCGUUCUGUCUUUCCCACCCGUUCGUGGUGUCUAUCCUUCACUCACGUUGAAGACCGCUACGGUACCUGCUUGUGACGAUCAGGGCAGUGCACUGUUGGAUUCCCUCGUAGACUGCGAGAUCGCUCAAGACACAGAUGCAGGCCACGCACAAUUUGUCGAAUAUAUGACAGGCGAGAGCAUCUUUCACCUGAACGGUGCUGUACAGCAUUUUCAGGUGGUCCUGGACCAGUGUCUGAUCGGCCAUCCUGACCGCGCAGCAGCUCUCACCAACCUCGCAUGUGUACGUCUUGAAGGGUAUAUUCGCAAUGAUAUUCAAGAUAUCGACUCUACGAUCUCUCUCUUCCGCGACGCCCUUGCAUUGCGUCCCCAGGGCCACCCAGAUCAUGCAUCAUCUCUCUGCCAUCUAAUUCGAGCACUGAACCGGUGUUACAGCAAGGAGCAAUCCGCCGUCUACAUUCACGAAUCCGCGCAGCUGUGCUGCAAGCUACUACCCCUCUGUCCAGAAGGCACCUACCUUCGUAGCAUUGGUGUAGACACUGCGAUCGAUUAUGUGAUCCAUAAUCUUCCAAUGGACGCAUCUGAUGAAGGCAUCCACCUUAGACGAGUCAUACUCGAGCUCUGUCCUCUGGGCCAUCAACACCGUCCAGGAGCACUCUACCCGCUUUUACAAUCACUCCACAGACGCUUUACACAACGUGGCACCAUUGAUGAUCUAGACGAGAGCAUAGAACUUGGUCGUGAAGCCGUUUCUUUGCUCUCCGAGGGACACCCUCAGCGUAGUAACUGCUUGAAUGAGUUAGCCGUCUCGCUCAUCUACCGCUUUGGUUACCAAGGCACAUCUCAUGACCUCGACGAGGCUAUCUCUGUAUACGAACAGGCACUGCUCCUGCGCCCCGUUGGGCACGAAUCUCGUUAUCUCUCAUUGAGUAACCUAGGGGGUGCCCUCCGCACCCGUUUCAACAAACGUGGCGACAUUGAUGACAUUAACCGAGCUAUCAGCCUCCAUCGCGAGGCACUGAUGUCAAUCCCACCUGAGCAUCCACGUCGUGACGCCAUGCUUGCCAACCUUGCCCUCGCGCUCAAAACGAGAUAUGUGAAAUCGCAUGUCAACGAGGAUCUUAAUGAGGCCAUUGAUCGGUAUCGAGAAUCCCUUCGGGUAAGGCGGCAUGACCAUCCAAAUCGCCAUAUAACACUGUUCAAUUUGAGCUCCGCGCUCUGUUCUCGUUUCACGCAAUCUCGGGAGAAUGAAGAUAUCGAGGAGGCUGUUCGACUCUGCCAAGAGUCAUUGGCAGCUCUGCCUUCACUACACCCAGAUAGAUGUCUCAGCUACUCAUGGCUGCAGCAGGCCUAUCUGUCUCGUUACCGAGUCGAACACAGCCCUGCUGAUUUAUCGCUAGCAGUGGACAACUUCAGACUGUCAUCUAGACACCCUACGGAAGGCUUGCAACAACGCAUUAUGGCAGCCUGGGACUGGGUUGUUGCAGCAGAGAAGCACCACCAUGCAUCUGGACUGGAAGCCUACUCAACGUAUUUUGACCUUCUUGACAGAUAUUUGUCCACACGAUCUUCGAUUGUUGCACGGCGCGAAGCUACUUUUACUUUUCGUCGGGCCAGCACCUUACCUGUCGAUGCGGCCUCAUGCGCCACACGUCGUGACAAUUUACGUCAGGCAGUCGAACUCGUGGAGCAUGGCCGUGGCCAGCAGUGGACAUUGGCCUCUCGCCUGAGGACUCCACUCGAAGACCUCGAGUCCACGAAUCCCAAGCUAGCUCGCACGUUCUCGGAGCUUAACAAACAACUGUCUGGUGCUCAGGAUUCCGUGGGCAGCACAGACAGAGCUGCUGCUGAUCGGGCAGCAACAGCGUACCGGAAACUUACGGAGCAAUGGGACGCUGCGGUAACUGAGAUACGUAAUCUUCAAGGUUUCUCGCGGUUCCUGCUCCCACCUUCGUACAAAGACUUGCAAGCGGCAGCAUGUCAGGGCCCAGUCAUCAUUCUUAUUGGAAGUGAGUACUCAUGCAGCGCCAUCAUUGUCACGACGUCAGGAGAGCCCCAUCAUGUUCCAUUACCGUCCAUCGUUCUCGCAGAUCUGGAAAACCUCAAGGACCGCUUCGCCAGGGCGAUACCGCAUGCAUGUCGGAUGGGCCCAACAGAAUUGAGGACGGACCUAAUAGUACUCUUGCGGGCAGUAUGGGACAAUAUCAUGCUACCUAUCGUUGACGUACUCGAACAUGUCCUCAAAUUAAAGCACGGGUCUCGAAUAUGGCUGUGUCCAACUGCAGCUUUCACAUCCAUUCCUCUCCAUGCAGCUCACCCCUUUCAAACGAAGGCAGAUCGCUCUGGGAAGGAGCCAUGCCUGGAAGAUCUUUUCAUCUGCUCUUACACCCCGACACUUUCGGCGCUGAUCAGAUCUAGACAGAUGAUGAAGAAACAUGUGCCUCCAUCCUUCAUAGCGAUCGGCCAGGGUCAACCGGGUGCAGGGAAAGGCAAGGAGCUCUUGGCUGUCGACAGCGAGCUCAAGCUCGUGCGUAAGCUGGUCCCCGCGAUGGCCCAGUGUUUCACUCUUUCUGGGCACGAAGCCACACGAGCAGGUGCACUCGAAGCUUUGCAACAGAAUUCAUGGGUGCACCUUGCUUGUCAUGGCAAACAAGACCACGACCAGCCUUACAAUUCUCAUUUUGUCAUGAAGGAUGAACCUCUGACGCUGCUUGAUAUUAUGGAGAAAGACAUUCCGCACGCUGAAUUCGCGUUCUUGUCGGCGUGUCAUACCGCCGUUGGCGAUAAGGAGACGCCUGACGAAGUCAUCCACCUCGCAGCUGGACUCCAAUUUUCAGGGUUCAAGAGCGUCGUUGGCACGCUGUGGGAGGUCGACGACGCUGUCGCAAAACACAUUGUUGAAGCUUUCUACCAGAAUAUAUUCAAGGGUUUGGAGGACGGGGGCGUCAUGGACUGUACGAAGGCGGCCUGGGCACUGAAUCGUGCUACGCACGCCGUGAAGACAAAAGUGCCGCUCGAACAGAGGAUUGUUUUUAUUCAUAUCGGUGUGUAG